GCUUCUCGUUUGUUAGGAGUUUGUCAGUCUCACAGGAUCCGUAUUUACAUUUAUGCUUGGAAGCCAUCAUCUGAUCCCCUGCAUUGCUUUUACCUGGCCGUGGAUCACAGUAGUUGGACGCUGCAACUCGGACCUCUGAACCACUUCACCUACAACUACAAGUGAUGACGCUGAUGUUCUCUCCAGCUGCUCGUGUGUCCAGUGAGGAUAUGAUCAUAAUGGUUCGGGCAGUGUAUGCUAGUUUCACUGAAAAGGAAUGUGAGGGAGUCUGUGUGUGAGGCGUUGGAGAGUGCAGUGUGAGGAUAAAGUGUUCCUUGAGGUCCUGCAUCAUUGGAAAGACCCCAGUAACCACCUCCAGAUGUUUGAGACCACAAUCUGACUGAUUAUUUACUACAAGACCAAUGAACAUCGCUCUCUUCACAUUAUAAGGGUUAGUCUUUGCUCCUUUGGUAAUGCCCAAGUUAAUGCUUAAUCUAAGUACAGACCCUUAAUUGCUAAGGCCAAGCCCUGUUUAUGGUAGGGAGGUUACUUGGCUGUGUACAGAUAAGUCAUUGCAGACCAAAGGCAUACAAAGCCCAGGGAUUUAGCACACUCACAACAGGACCUUUAGGACUGAACAAAGGAACCAGCCACCAUGCGGAAAGAUUCCUACAUAUCUAAGGCUGUCGCCACCGCCUUUGUUGUCCUGACUGUCUCUGCCGUCGCUGGCAUUGUCACUAUGAUCGUUUUGUACAACACUGAGAUCUCUACGAUGAACCCAACACCCCGUCCAACCUUCCCGUCCACGACAACAGGACCACCACCCAUCAUGCGGCUGCCAAGGAAUCUCAUGCCUGAGAGUUACGAGGUCUUCCUCCAGCCUCAACUCUACACCCGAAUCAUUGAGGUUGUAAAUGUCACUAGUCCCAACCAGACGAUGCUCUUCACUGGAAACUCUACUGUUUACUUUCAGUGUGUCCAGAGGACUAGCACUAUCUACCUCCAUAGCAAGGACCUGACAGUUUCUGAUCCCGUGGUGAUUAACCAAAACAGAAAUGAGAUAAUACGUGUUUCUACAUUGAAGUAUCAUGAAGACGAAAGUAACUUUCUCGAGAUCCAGUUGAAUGAUGCAUUGGAGGCAGAAAGCAACUACAGUUUGUUUCUGGCUUUUAAGGGAGAAAUAUCAGAAAAUCUUGAAGCGCUGUAUGUAAGCUCAUAUCUUCAAGGUAUCCCUGCCCAUGAAAGUGAUACCAAUGCCGAAAGAUUCCUUGCAGCUACCAAUAUGGAGCCAACAGAUGCCAGGAGAGUGUUUCCUUGUUUUGAUGAGCCAGAACUGAAGGCUGUUUUUUAUGUGACCAUCAUCCACAGGCGAGACACAAUAGCUCUAGGAAAUGCGGAAAUAUUAGGCUCAAAUAUCAUACAUGAUGAUUGGAAAUGCACUCGUUUUUAUCCAACGCCGAGGAUGUCAACAUACUUGUUUGCCUUCACGGUUUCAGAGUUUACGUCAACCCCCUCCCCUCAUGAACGUGUGGAAAUUAAAACAUAUACUCGUCCUGAGGCUACUGCAGCAGGCCAUGCUCAAUAUGCAGCCAACAUCACCGGAAAAAUUCUUAAGUUCUAUGAGAGUCAAUUUGAAAUUGAUUACUUGCAGAAAAAGCUAGACCAAAUUGCACUGCCAGACUUAAAUCCUGCAGCAAUGGAAAACUGGGGACUGGUCACAUACCAGGAAGGAGGCCUGCUCUAUGAGGAAGGAGUGUCCUCCUUGUUGCACAAGGAAGUGAUUGCUAUUCUCAUUGCACAUGAACUAGCACAUCAGUGGUUUGGAAAUCUGGUGACGAUGGAAUGGUGGAAUGAAAUUUGGCUGAAUGAGGGCUUUGCCACCUACAUGUCCUAUUUUGCAGUGGAUCACGUUGAGCCUUCAUUCAAAGUAAAAGACAUAUUUGUUGCGAGUGACCUCCAUACAGCAUUUAAGGAGGAUGCUCUGGCCUCAUCCCGUCCUCUCAGUCCUCAGCAGGAAGAUGUCCAGACAACUUUUGAGAUCAUUGAGAUGUUUGAUUCUAUAACCUACAGUAAGGGAGCAAUUGUGCUGAGAAUGCUGGCAGACAUUGUGGAUGAAAGAGUUUUCAACAAAGGGAUCAAAAUGUACCUCUGGGACUUUAGGUAUAAAAACACUGUACAGAACAACCUCUGGGAGUAUAUACAAAAGGCCGUAGAUGAGGAUGGUGGUCACACCAAGGUUGCCAAGGUGAUGUACACCUGGACCAAUCAAACUGGCUAUCCUGUCAUCACCAUCAACACUACCAAUGGAGAAAUCUACCAGAAGCAUUUCCUGUUCAAUGACUCAUCUGAAUCUAGUCUUUGGUGGUACGUCCCGAUCAGAGUUAUGUCAAAUACAUCUGAAUCUUCUCUUGUCUGGUUAGACACCAGCGGCACAGUAAAGAAAGAUGAAUUCAUUUCUAAGAGUGGAGAGUGGAUUCUGGCAAAUGUAAACUAUACUGGGUACUACAGAGUCAAUUACAACCUAGAGAACUGGGAACGCCUCCUGACUCAACUGGAAACAAACCCACAUCGGAUCCCACUGAUGAACAGAGGGCAGCUUGUUGAUGAUGCAUUUAACUUGGCAAGGGCCAAACUUGUCGACGUGACUCUGGCCCUGAAUUCAACCCGCUUCCUUCGCAAUGAGAAAGCAUACCUUCCCUGGGAGUCAGCUGUCAGGAACCUUGAGUACUUUGUCCUCAUGUUUGACCGCUCCGAGCUGUAUGGACCCAUGCAGGUAUACCUACGGGAAAAAGUUAGGGGGCUGUACAACUUCUUCAGGAUCUACACAGACAAUUCAAAAGUCCCAGAGGACCACUCCUCACAGCACAACCAGAUUACCGUCGUAGAGGUGGCAUGUUCCAACGGACUCCCAGAAUGCAUGACGAUGGCUAGAAAGAUGUUUGCCAAAUGGAUGAACAACAAUACCAACAACAUCCACCCCAACCUGCGGUCUGUAAUCUACUGCCAAGCCCUGGCUGUUGGUGGGAAGACAGAGUGGGAAUUUGCCUGGAAUAAGUUUCAGAGUUCCAGUGACACCUCAGAGAAAGGCCAGCUACGUGAAGCUCUGUCCUGCACUAAGAACAUCUGGCUACUCAACAGAUACCUGGAGUACACUUUGAACCCUGAUAAGAUACGUCUAAUGGAUGUUGCUUCCACUAUAAACUACAUAGCCAAGAAUGUGGCAGGGCAGGCACUGGCUUGGAACUUUAUCAGAGCACACUGGGAAUAUGUCAGUAAGGGGGAUGGAGCCAUACUGAUUGAGGGAGUGACCAGCAGGUUCUCGACACAAUUUGAACUACAGGAGCUGGAGCGGUUUGCGACUGACUAUGAUCUGGGGCCUGCUACCAGGGCGGUGUACCAGGCCAUAGAGCAAACCAAAGUCAACAUCCAGUGGGUCAGCCAGAACAAAGAAAUUAUACUAGAGUGGUUUAAAAGAGAAACAGCUUAUUAGAGUGAAAAGAAACCACCUUUUAGAGCCUCAAAGAUAGAUGGUGCUGGCAGUUUUCAACUCUGCAGCUUAAUACUCCUAAAACAUUCCCCCUCAUCCACUUCAAAAACAAGAACUGAUCAUGAUUAUUUUUUUGUUCUAUUUUUGCCAGAAAAAUGGACCAUAAAAAUAAUCAUUAAAUGAGAGAUUCAAUUUCCAGCACAUAAAACUGACACGUGGAGAAUUGUGGCACUUUAGACCAAAGUAAAAACAGAAAGUGUUUGUGUACAGCAUAUACACGUGUCUUAUUUAUAAUGUAUAUUCAAUGGAAACUGGGAAGUAACAAGAUUUCUACUCAACUGUUUGUGAUUUUGCGCAUGAUGCAGAGGCAAAGGACAUAACCUCAUCUGUUUGUUAUAGUAAACACGUCUAUAUGUGUAUCAAUUAUGUUAUAAUCAAGGAACCAAAUUAUUCUUGUAUGUUGCUGAAAUUGUUAUUUUUAAUAAUAAAACAUCAACACUGUGUUAAGCAUGAGUCAUUUAAUCCAUUACAUGUAAUUUUGUUUUACCUGGAGAAAAUCGUAAAUGUUGUAUUUGCUGACUUUGUGAUCUAUAAUAAUUGGUAAUACAAUAUCGUUCAUUUUACAUACAUUUGAGGUGUGUUUGGAUGAAAUGAGAGAAAUACGAUUGCCUUGCUUUUUGUGUAUAAACAUCAACUGUCCACUGGAUUGUUUUCUAGCCUAUGUUAUUGUCCAAAAACAGUCAAUGACCAUGUCCCAUAGUAUAUAAGGGAAGGUAUAUAAAUGUUCCAAGUUAUCAUUGGUAUGGCUUGUCAUCAUCACUGCGCAAAAGAACUACAGCAAUUCCUGUUCUGUACUUACUAGAAAUUCAAGUUGUGUCACUAAUUUUUGGAUUGGAAGUUAAAAAAUUGUUACAUACUUAUGUGACAUGUCGUCCUAAUAACCCUUGCCGCUUUUAACUAAUCUGUGUCUGUUUGCCUCCAUUGUAGUCUUUCUAUAGACUUUAUAUGCACUCCUAAAAUUGACUCAAAAUUUUGCUUUCCAUUAUAUCUGAAUGAAUGUGUAGAGAAUAUGUCAAUAUAUCUGAGAAUUAUUGUUGAAUAUAAUGUACAUUCAAUAACCACCAACACUUACCAGUGGUAUACUGUGACAUAAUAGCACAUUUCAGAGUGAAAUACUCUUGAUGUAACAGCUCAAAAUAACAAUCUGUGGCAAAUUAAAAUGUUGUUUUCACUGA